AUGCUGACGGUGAAGGUGAUAUUCAUGUUGACGGUGAUGACGCUGAUCGUGAUGAGGGUCGUGAUGAUAAAAUGCUCGGCCCUCUACUUGAUGCUCCUCUUCUUCUUGCACCGGGACUACAAUCUGGUCUCUCAGCUGGUAAACUCCGUGGCCACGGACUCUCCGUACACUAGUGAAGAUGCCGUCUGUUUCGAGCACUUCGAGAGCAUCGAUGACAGGCAUCCAAAUGCCACGGCCCUGCGCUGCAAGUUGGCAUUAGCCGUUCAGCACUCGCGGAUGCCGCUGCCCUGGGCCCUCUAUGAAGAAGGUGCAGAGCAUGUGAGGAGAGUCAUCCACGUCACCGGGGAGUGCCGCUUGAGCUUCGAGGAGGAGAUGCAGGUCCUCACUAUGUGCCGGCACUAUCGCGAGAAGCUCCUGCUGGUGACCCGAGAGGUCGACGCCCUGCGCCGGGACCAGGGACAGAUGCUCAAGAAGUUCAAGUCCAUGCUGGAGGAUGAGGGGGAGAUGCUCACGGCUUCCGGGGAGCAUGCGAAGUCCUUGAAGAAGUGGAAGGACCGCAUCGUGCGACGCCUCCGGGCCGAACGCCUCGGCACCGGGGACAAGGAGCUGGUUGCGCUUAUCCUCGCGGCGCUCCGAGGCGUGCGCCUGGAUCCGGAGGACGUGUUGAUGCUGCAGAACAGGGAGAAGUACAUGGAUGCGAUGGAGGAGAAGCGGAGCUCGGUGACCCUGAGCAUGAUGCCCAUGCCCAGGUAG